UUAAUUAGUGAUUUCUAUAAUUUAUGUGUUUUCUCAGUUUCGUGCGUAGUUAUUUUUCGUCGUUCGUUCGAGAUAUUACUACUGAAACUACGGUGGUUUAUCGAGUUUCAUCCAGCAUCGUCUGUUCUUCAGAUAGGUUUACAUACCGUAACAUACGUACACUGUACAGAGUACAGACGGUACAGUGAAAACUUUACCUUGAUCGAAGUAACGGAAAGCAGGCGGUUACGAUGUUACGAUUUGGCCGUUUGCUCGCUCUUCCACGACAGCGUCCAGGACUGCGUCGUGAGUAUGCCGCCGCUGCCACCGGGCCCGUGAACAUCAUUGAUUUACCUGAGACGCAUCAGAUGCUGCGGCAGACAUGCCGCAAUUUCGCCGAGAGUGAUCUGAAGCCGAUGGCGGCCGUGACGGACAAGGAGCACCGAUAUCCCAAGGAACAGGUAUUGAAGAUGGGUGAACUGGGGCUGAUGGGCAUCGCCACGCCGGAAGAGAAUGGCGGAACGGGCCUGGACGCGUUAGCAUACGCCAUUGCCAUGGAGGAGAUCAGUCGCGGAUGCGCCAGCGCCGGGGUGAUCCUCAGUGCGCACAAUUCUUUGUAUUUGAGCCCCAUAAACGCUUACGGAAGACCGGAAGUAAUCGAUAAAUUCGUCAGGCCUUUUACCAGUGGCGAACGCAUUGGAUGUUUUGCCUUGAGUGAACCUGGAAACGGAAGUGAUGCCGGUGCGGCGUCCACCACCGCCAAACUGGUCGGGGACGAGUACGUACUGAACGGGACGAAAGCCUGGAUCACCAAUGGCCACGAAGCCGAGGGCAUUGUCGUCUUUGCCACGACCGACAAGGCCAAGAAACACAAAGGCAUCAGCGCUUUUGUCGUCCCCAAGCCGACGCCAGGCUUAAGCGUUGGUAAAAAGGAAGAUAAGCUGGGUAUCCGCGGAUCAUCUACGACCUACCUCAUAUUUGAGGACUGCCGUAUUCCCAAGGGAAACCUUCUGGGCAAGGAGGGGGAGGGCUUUAAAAUCGCCAUGUCCACGUUGGAUGGCGGCCGCAUCGGGAUUGCCGGACAAGCGGUCGGUAUUGGGCAAGCAGCGCUGGAUGUCGCCGUGGAGUAUGCCUCCAAAAGAGAAGCUUUCGGGGCGCCGUUGACUAAACUGCAGUCUAUUCAGAUCAAAUUAGCCGAUAUGGCGGUGAAAUUGGAAGCUUCCCGGCUGUUGAUGUAUAAAGCGGCCCUUUUGAAGGACGCCGGACGGCCAUACACGAAGGAAGCUGCCAUGGCCAAAUUAUCGGCCUCUGAAGCGUCCACUUUUAUCGCCCACCAGUCCAUCCAGAUCCUGGGCGGGAUGGGCUACGUUUCUGAUAUGCCGGCCGAGCGGCACUACCGCGACGCCAGGAUCACCGAGAUCUACGAGGGUACCUCCGAAAUCCAACGGCUGGUCAUUGCCGGAAAUUUGCUCAAAGAAUACGAUAUCAAGUAGAGGUGAUACCUGUUCAGUUGUAAUGGCUUUUUUGAGAUAACUGCACAUUUAUACUGGGGAACGUGAUUUGGUAUUCGUCUGCAUUUUGGUUGGGUUGCAUUAAGUUGAAUUUCCGUUUAAACAAGCAAGAUUUAAAGAUUUACGUUGA